UAUCAUUUAGACAAUGAUGCGUAAGCUCACUAGCAAUAUCCUAGUAACGUUUGUUGAGGUACAAGAAGAAGUAAAUUUUGUGAAAAAAACACUUGCAACAAGACAGGACAUGACAAGCGUAGCCUACCACUCUAUUCAUUUAUUAAUCGCAGAAUUGAUUGCUGCACUUAUCGUGCAUCAUCCGGAUUAUUUGUCACAUACCAUCCCUCACGAAAUGGCUGAAGAUUCCAAUGUAUGUUGUACGAGUCGAAAUGUAGAGCUCACAGAUUUCAUGACAGUUGAGACCUCUAGAAUGCAGAAUGGAAAUCCAGAUAAACAUAGAGGCAAUUGUGAACAGUUGAGGGCAGCAGACACUGAAGAAUUUAAGAACAAUUUAAUGAAACAAAUGCUCAGCAAAAAAAGUGCUAAAAAUGUAUCCAUGCAAGAUGAUCAUAAAUCAGUACAUAUUGAAGAAAACUUCUUCAAUGUAACAGAAAAUGCUAGAACUGCAGAAUUUAAUGAUGAUUGUAACAAUCAAUUUGGUGAAAAAGAAGUAAAUGAUGUUGAAAAUAGCAAUUCCAGUGCAGUAACGUCUAUACAGACUUGUGUCUCAAAAAACAAACCUGUACAUGUACCGGACAUUAAUCAAAGAAAAACAUUUUUAGCAAGUAUAAUGGAUUUAUGGGAAGGGGAAUGCCCCUUAAAUUUUCCUGUAGAGGUAAUUACGUGCAAUAGAAUGGAUGCUUUGAUAAGACGCACUGAACAUAAAGAUAAGUGCUUGUUAGUCAGGCAGGUGAUAUUGGAUGAAUAUAGUGGUUUAUCGCAAGGGACAUGAUAAUGGUGCACAAAUUGUCAACUAUCUGAGCACGAUAAAUUGUUUUAAGGUCCGACAAAGCAAUGGUGGAAAACCAUACACACACACUUGCGUUUGUGGGACAUUACCGCAUGUGUAUGUAGAACACGCUCGUCUUUUUGCCCUGUUCUGAUUGGUCAAUUAUUUAGUUUGAUGUUUGAUGCUUCGGCAAGGUUCAUUGGACAACUGUGUGGUAAAAUGCACCAACAAGCAAGUUCUGAUUGUAUCCAAGUAUGGUAUUAUUGGAAGAAGCUUUUAUGAUGAAAUUAAACCAAGACAUUAAAUUAUGCAAUGAAGCAAUAUAUUUUUAAAAUGUUAUAUAUUGUAUUAAUUUAUAUAUAGUUAAAAGUAAUUUCUGAUAACAAUGAAAAUAAAACAAUUCAUAUAUUUGAAGUUUUCUA